AUGUCUACAGUAUCCAUCACGCCUACAGCUGCUUCAACUCAAGGCCCUUGGGGCCGUGGCCUUGGACUCUGCUCCGGACAACGGGAACCCGACUAUGAUCUCUUGCAGCCCUUCGAAACCAUGCCAGAGGAGAUAUCUGGUUCAACCGUAUGGGUAAAGGAGGAGCUGAGUCAAAACACUGGGCGCUGGCUUUAUCAUUUUACCGAAGAUCAGGUCAAACACGUCAUUGCUGCCGUCCGCGAUAUCGAAAACCGAGGCUUUCAACUCUCUGAAGUCGACAAGUCAACCUUCGAGCUCCCCGGCCCCUUUAAGGACUUUCUAUAUAGAAUUCGAGACCAACUGAUCAACGGCAUCGGCUUCGUCGUGCUACGUGGUCUUCCCGUCGAAUCUUGGACAACCCGACAAGCCUCGAUCGCGUACCUAGGCAUCGGUUCCUACAUCGGCCGCCGAUUGAGCCAAAAUCGUCAGGGACACAUGCUCGGACAUAUCAAAGACCUUGCUGAAGGCAAAGAAGUCAACGGGGAAGGCAGAAUCUACCGUACGCAGAAAGCUCAGACGUAUCACACGGAUGAAAGCGACAUCGUGGGUCUGCUUUGCCUUCACCAAGCGAUGGAAGGCGGAGAGUCACAGGUGGUCUCCAGCCACAGCAUCUACAACACUCUCAGACGAGAAAGACCAGAUGUGCUACGCCAAUUAUGCCUGCCACACUGGUUCUAUGAUAGAAAGGGGGAGACGAGCGAGGGAGAAAAGGGGUGGAUGCGUACUCCGGGCUAUUACUAUUACGAGCAGAAGCUCAGCAUGAAGUGGGACUCUUACUAUGUCGGAGCGCUACAACGCUUCUGGGACGCUGGGCUUCUUCCACAGUACACGGAUGCCCAGCGUGAGGCGAUCCAGGUGAUGGAGGAGAUGUGCCGCCGACUAUCGUUGGAAAUGACGCUGCAGCAGGGCGAUAUCCAAUUUGUCGCCAACACUCAUAACCUUCAUGCGCGAUCUGCGUACAAGGAUGAUAACGAUGUCACGAAGAAACGCUGGUUACAGAGACUUUGGCUUGCUACCUCAGAAGAGGAGGGCGGAUGGCCAUUGCCGUUUGCUGAUAGUCGGUAUGCUAAAAGAGGGGGUGUUCAAGUUAACGAUACUCCUGAGUCGUAUCCAACAGAGGCUGAGUAG